UUUCUGAUCCGAUUUCUGAUCCGUUUGUCGAGGGAGAAGAGGAGAAAUGGAGGGGGCAGCAUCGCCGGCCGUCGCGUUAUCCCUCCCUCGCGCUCAACCUUCUUCUUGCCCGCUUGGAACGCGAUGGCCAGUGUCCUUGACCUCCUUAACGAAGGGUAUUUGGCCCUCGCCGCUUUUCCGCAGGCGUUGCGCCUCCGUCGUGCGGGGCGAAGGCGGCGCUGCCGCUGGGAAGACGGUACUGCGGACGUGUAAGAACUGCAAACGCCAGUUCGAUCCAGCUCUCAACUACUCCUCCGCCUGCCGUUUCCACACCGCCCAUUUCGGGGGAGAAACAAAGAGAAAGUUUGAAAGUGUAUACACCGGCGGUACCAUGGACACACCCGACUCAGGCAAAGUGUUCCAGUACUGGCAUUGUUGUGGCUCUGAAGAUCCAUUCGAUGCCGGUUGCACCGCUGCGCCUCACUGCUCAUAUGAUGAUUGAUUUCUUGUUUUGCUUCCGAAGGCAAGUGGUAAAUAUGCUGCUUUUUGGCAACUGAUCUACCAUUCUCUAAUGUCUGCUUGACUUCAUUUGCAUAUACAUGAAUUGUAAAAUUUCUGUCAGGAUUUAGAUGUUGAUAUGGUUUCUAUGCAUUUGCUUGUUUCUUAAUUAUAUAAAUAAAUUGCCAACAGUUUCAUGUUUA